AACAUGUUGCUCCAAAACGGCGACUCUUCCAAGAACAGAAUGGUGAAAACGUCAUCAACUUCGCUGACGACUGCGUCAUCAAACAAAGUGACAAUAGUGCAAUUAAAAAAACAAAUCAAUUUGUUUCAUGCUGUUUGCAUAAUAGUGGGCAUUAUAAUAGGAUCUGGUAUUUUUGUUUCUCCUGUCGGCAUUUUACAGAAUGUGAAAUCGGUAGGAAUGUCCUGUGUUAUGUGGAGUGUUUGUGGAGUAUUCUCGGCACUGUGUGCACUCUGUUAUGCCGAGCUAGGAGUCACUAUUCCAGAAUCCGGCGGAGAGUACACGUACAUUAAACGAGCCUUCGGCGACUUUCCCGCCUUUUUGUCCAUGUGGAUAAAUUUUAUCAUCAUCUGUCCAGUUUGUGUGGCAGCAUCAUGUCUUAUUUUUGCGACUUAUAUUCUUCGUCCAUUUUUCUUGGACUGCGAUCCUCCAAUUCUUAGCAUAAGGUUGAUCGCGGCCCUUGUAAUAGUAUUUUUAAUUUUGAUAAAUUGUGUCAAUGUGAAAUGGGCCACGAAGAUUCAGGUUGUUAUCACAGCCAGCAAGCUACUUGCUCUCUUUCUCAUCAUAAUCAUCGGCUUCGUUUCCAUGGGUCAAGGAAAAGUUGAAAAUUUCAACAAAGCUUUUGACGGCAGCGACUUUAGUGCUGGUGCCAUUGCCAUUUCAUUUUACUCAGGGUUUUGGGCGUUUGGGGGAUGGAGCUAUCUGAAUUUCUUGACAGAUGAAGUAAUCAAUCCACAUAGGAAUUUACCAUUAGCCAUUAUAAUUUCGAUGACCAUCGUGACUCUUGUAUAUCUUAUUGCAAACAUCGCCUACUUCUCGGUCCUGACGCCAACAGAAAUGCUAAGAUCGUCUGCCGUGGCUGUUACUUUUGCUGAGCAGACAGUAGGAGUCAUUGCUUGGAUUAUGCCGAUCCUGAUCGCUAUUUCAGUAAUGGGGUCUAUGAAUGGAACUUGCUUAUCUAUGUCAAGGUUGUUUUUCGUUGGCGCUAGGAACAACCAUCUUCCGAAGAUAAUUUCCAUGAUAAAUUUCAAAUUUCUAACCCCUGCGCCAUCUCUUUUAAUCAUUCUAAUUUUGACACUGGUUAUGCAGAGUUUUGAGGAGAUAUUUUUUCUGAUUGAGAUGAUGGGUUUUGGUUUUGCUAUUGUUCUUUCUUGUGUGUUUGCUGGUCAGAUUUACCUAAGAAUCAAGGAACCAGAACUUCCUAGACCUAUUAAGCUUCCUCUCGUCUUGCCAAUUUUUCUGCUAGCCUCGAGUCUUCUGAUAUUAGUGCUAACAUGUCUACAGAAGCCUGCAGAAAGCUUAUUAGCAGUCAUCCUUAUCGUUGCCGGAAUUCCUCUUUACAUUAUAGGUGUAUUGUGGAGAACAAAACCUCGCGAGAUUUCAGAAGUGAUACAUCGAACAACAUGUUUCAUUCAGAAAAUCCUUCUGGUUGUUCCUCAGGACAAGAACGAAGAAUGGAAGUAGAUUUGAUAUAUGUUUAUAUACAUGUAUAAAUUUCCAGACUUAUUGUUUUUAUGUAAACGAUUUUUCUUUUUAAGGCAUGUAUUGAUUUAAAGAAUCUAUAAUGUAGAAGAAUGUGUUGUUGUUUUUUUUUGGUCCAUAAAAAAUGUCUUUAUUAUACAUUUGAUGGGUGUGUUCAGUUUGAAUUUUGUUAAAUUAAAGGGAUAUCUGUGUUC